AUGUGUAUCUCCCAAUACAUGUUCAAUGAUAGGAGAACGGUAACCGUCAACUCGUUAACUUGUGUCACUAAAUAUGCUGAAAAGUUGAUUAGGGAAGCCGAUGAAGUCUCUAAAUCUCAUUACGUGCUGCAACCAGAACAGUCAGCAUAUGAGGUUCAGGAUAGCAACAAUCUUAAGUACCGGGUAGAUCUUUCAGAGAACAGUUGGUCGUGUUUGUUUUGGCAGAAGGUAGGGAUCCCGUGUUCCCAUGCACUUGCCACAAUUAAGAAAACACACGAAGGUGUACCUUAUUCUGAGUUUUGCAAGGCCUAUUAUUCGAUCCAAGGUUAUCGAAUGGCUUAUGCAGAUACUAUAAACCUCGUCUUAGUUGAUAAACCAGUCAACACUAUCCUAGCAAUUAAAAGGGGAGGAUCGGGUAAUACUUCUGAAGCCAGGAGAAAGAAAUCAAAGGCAUCGACAGAGACACGUGUCAUACAUUGUUCAUUAUGUAAGAAAUCAGGACAUACAAAGAAUCUUGUAAAAGCCUUCUUUCCUGAGCAAAUUUAG